AUUUUAUUUCAUUUACUGUACUGCCAACGUCCACGUGCAUUUUACUGGUGUUUUGUUUAUUUUUUUUCCGCAAAAUGCCGAAGUCAAAACGAGAUAAACGAAUUUCUCUAACAAAUACGAAGAAGAAAGGAUUGGAACUGAAGCAGAAGUUAAUUCAAGAGGUUCAAGAUUCUGUUGAUAAAUUUUCCCGGAUAUUUUUGUUUUCUGUUGAUAACAUGCGGAAUGUAAAACUAAAAGAGGUCAGAAACCGAUGGAGACAUAGUAGGUUUUUUUUUGGCAAGAACAAGGUAAUGUCAGUAGCACUUGGCAGGACAAGAGAAGAUGAAUAUAGAGAAAAUUUACAUCAGCUUAGCAAAAAACUGACUGGCAAUGUAGGGCUCCUAUUUACAAAUGAGAAAAAAGAUGAUGUUAUGAGGUGGUUUGAUGAUUUCCAGGAUCCAGAUUAUGCGAGGACUGGAAACAAAGCUUUGUUUAAUUAUGAGCUUGACCAAGGCCCACUUGACCAGUUUCCACAUUCUCUAGAACCACAACUUCGACAGCUUGGACUACCAACUACUCUUAAAAAAGGUGUCAUUCAUAUGAUUGAUGAUUACACAGUAUGCAAAGAAGGUCAGACCUUGACCCCUGAACAAGCAAGAAUAUUAGUAAGUUAUUACCUCGAAUUCUUGAACCUUGUAUAG